AUGAAAUUAUAUGAAAUUCAUGGCGCACAUUUUCAUCAUGAAAGUCAAACGACUCGUUUUUGUUUAUAUGCACCUAAUGCAAGAAAUGUACAUCUUAUAUUAACUACUUACGGUAUACAAAAAUAUCGAUUAGAAAUGAUUAAAAAUCAUGAGGAUUUAUGGGAAAUUGUAACAGAUAAAGCACUACCUGGUCAAACUUACUUCUAUCUUAUUAAUGAUUAUCAUGGAAAACAAAAAAAAUCGAAUAGAUCCGUUGUUCAUGAUAACAAUGUUUAUAUCUGGAAUGAUCGAAAUUGGAUGCAAAAACGUACUAAAUGCAAUCCAUUAAAAUUACCUCUAUCAAUUUAUGAAAUUCAACCAAAAUCAUGGAAAAGUAGUGUUUAUUGGCCAAGAAAUUAUCGUGAAAUCACGCAUGAUUUAAUUCAUUAUUGUAUUGAAAUGGGAUUUACACAUGUUGAAAUGUAUGGCAUAUUAGAACAUACAGAUCGAUGGGAAUAUGGUUAUCAAGUAUCAAAUUAUUUUGCUCCAUCUCGUUUUAAUGGUCAAUGUGAUGAUUUAAAAUAUUUAAUUGAUAAUUUACAUCAAAAUAAUAUUGGUGUUAUACUUGAUUGGGUUCCAACACAUUUUAAACAUUAUCAUUUUUUUCAUCAAUAUUCAACAUCAUUACAUGAAUAUGAUGGAACUAAUUUAUAUGCUAGUUCACCAUCACAAUGGUGGACAUUAUAUUUUGAUUUUGAUAAAGAAGAAACACGUCGAUUUUUAUUUGCAAGUGCACUUUAUUUUCUUGAUCGAUUACAUUUUGAUGGAAUUCGUUUUGAUGCAGUUAGUCAAAUGAUUCGACGAAAUCAAACGAAUAUUUCAAAUGCAAUUUCAUUUUUACAUGAACUUGAUCAUACUAUUCAUACAUAUUAA